UCGCGAACGACACAUCACUAAAAGUGGCCUGAGAACUGGAGAUAGGGUUUGAGUGGUGCAGAAGCAAGACCCAAGCAUGCUUCGAUCCGUCCUCUCACGCUCUUUUCCAGGAUUUGGACGUCUGUCAUUACGUCCCUUUUCCGCCGCCGCUGUCCCCGCACCUAGUGGUCAGCCCGAGGUCCAUUACAACAAGCUGUUCAUCAACAAUGAGUGGCACGAUGCAGUGAGCGGGAAAUCCUUUCCUACCAUCAACCCAUCCACAGGAGAGGUCAUCUGUCAGGUUGCAGAAGCAGAUGAGGCAGAUGUAAACAAAGCAGUGAAAGCAGCAAAAGAUGCCUUUAAAUUGGGAUCACCAUGGCGACGGAUGGAUGCCUCACAUCGCGGCCUCCUGCUCAACCGCCUUGCUGAUGCCAUUGAGAGGGAUUCUGCCUAUCUGGCUGAACUGGAAACCCUUGACAAUGGAAAGCCAUACGCUGUCGCCUACAUGGUGGAUCUGCCCAAUGUUGUCAAAUGUCUCAGGUACUACGCUGGCUGGGCUGACAAGUGGGAGGGAAAGACCAUUCCAAUCGACGGGGACUUUUUCUGCUACACCAGACAUGAACCCGUCGGAGUGUGUGGACAGAUCAUUCCGUGGAACUUCCCUCUCCUAAUGCAGUCCUGGAAGCUGGGCCCGGCCCUCGCCACCGGCAACACUGUGGUGAUGAAGGUCGCGGAGCAGACGCCCCUCACAGCUCUCUAUGUGGCCAGUCUGAUCAAAGAGGUGGGCUUCCCUGAAGGAGUCGUGAAUAUCCUGCCCGGCAUGGGACCUUCAGCAGGUGCUGCCAUUGCGAGGCACAUGGAUGUUGACAAGGUUGCUUUCACAGGAUCUACAGAGGUGGGUCAUCUGAUUCAGCAGGCCUCAGGCAGCAGUAACUUGAAGAAGGUCACUCUUGAGCUGGGAGGAAAAAGCCCUAACAUCAUCUUGUCUGAUGCUGACAUGGAACACGCGGUGGAACAGGCCCACUUUGCCCUGUUCUUUAACCAAGGCCAGUGCUGCUGCGCCGGCUCUCGUACCUACGUCCAGGCAGACAUUUAUGAUGAAUUUAUGGAGCGCAGCAUUGAGAGAGCGAAGAAACGGGUGGUGGGAAAUCCCUUUGACCUGAAGACUGAGCAGGGACCUCAGGUGGACCAGGAGCAGUUUAACAAGAUUCUGGGCUACAUCAGCAGUGGGAAGAGAGAAGGAGCCAAGCUCAUGUGCGGCGGAGGAGUGGCAGCAGACCGAGGCUACUUCAUCCAACCUACAAUAUUCGGAGAUGUCAAGGACAACAUGACCAUCGCCAGAGAGGAGAUCUUUGGGCCAGUGAUGCAAAUCCUUAAAUUCAAAACCCUCGAGGAGGUGGUGGAGAGAGGCAACGACACCAAAUAUGGCCUGGCAGCUGCCGUGUUUACGAAGGACUUGGAUAAGGCCAACUACCUUUCCAGCGCUCUCCGUGCUGGAACAUUCUGGAUUAAUUGUUAUGACGUGUUUGGGGCUCAGGCUCCAUUUGGAGGUUACAAAGCUUCAGGUAGCGGCAGAGAGCUGGGAGAGUACGGCCUGGAGGCCUACACCGAGGUCAAAACGGUGAUCAUGAGGGUUCCACAGAAGAACUCUUAGACGUGUGCAGUGAGUGAAGAGCAGACGCAGGUGCGUCUAAAGUCUUUGCUCUAUUUAGACCACAUGACACAUUCCUCUUACAAAAGGGUUCAAUUUGAUCAAUUCUAGUAUUGAUGUGUACUAAACUCAUGUACUGAAUUGGAGAAUGAAAAUAUUAAUGGCUUUGUUAUUAAGAAUUUAUUAAGACAUAUUCUUGACUAUUUUUCCACAUCCUAAAUGUUCUUUCUGGUUGGGUGAAGUAAAGAAUACCGGUAUCUGUUGGU